AUCGAUCUAGGUGUUUUCGCUCGUCAUUCCAAUAUCUCAGGACACGUUUGAGCGCACGUUGCGUUCGACUGCAGGCGAGAAUGUUUGAGCUUCAUUUGAUCUGACUGGUUGGCUUUUACAUGAGCCUCAUCGACUAUCACAACUUCAAGGAGAUGAUCAAGUUUUUUUUUGCUUACGUAAACGAUAUAUGCAUCUUGUUUCUCAUCUAACGUUGUGCACCCACCCACGGUACCAUGAUCAUAUCCACUGUCAACAAGGAUCUUCCCAGUUUCCCUCCUUUUGCAUCGUUACCUCCAGAAUUACUCAUCGAGAUCUUUUCAACUUGCAGCCUCACAGGUGACUGGCAUAUCCCCCUCACACUAUCCAAAGUCUGCCGCUUAUGGAGAGACUUGACCAUAUCGGCACCCUGCAUAUGGCAGAUCAUCGUCGUACUAGAAUCGAGGCGCACCAUGUCCUCCAUCCGCACUCAGGCAGAACUAUGGGUCGCUCGCUCUUCGCCUCUUCCAUUCAAUGUAGUCCUCAAGCUGACAGAUUUUGAGCGACUGUUACCAAUCAUGUCUUGCUUCCUUCCCAAUCUCGCCCGUUGGAUGCGUUGCACUAUCACUUAUGAUGGAAGAACUAUCGAGACAUCCUUAUCCGACCUCACCCUGUCCUCGCCUCGUCGCAUACUGCAUCAUCUCGAUAUUCAUAUCAAGACUCCCUUCGAGGACGUCGCAAGUGACGAUGAAGAUGAUGUCAUCUUUUUCUCCUGUGGAAGCUCAACAUACCGUCACAUAUCCAUGAGAGUAGCGACGACCAAACUGCCCCAUGCAGAAAUGAUUAAUCCCCUAUUAUUCACAUCCCUCAACAUCUCAGAGGUCGCAUUCGAACACUCCAUCCGAUCACCGGACCUCCUUCAAUUUCUUGCCCAUUGCCUGAACUUGGAGCACUUAUACAUCCACGGUUUCUCCAGUGAUGACGGCGUUCUUAUCGCACCACCCCCUUCCAUCGCCCUUCCGCGAUUACACACGCUCCUCCUAGACAAGCUUUGCAAUCAGCGCAGCAUCCUCUCACAUCUCCACCUCCCUGCAUUGCGAGAGCUACAUCUGCGUCACAUCAAUGUAGACUUCUCACUUGAGCCAUACUACGUCUCCGAAGAAGGUGAUAGCGACGACGAGUCCCAUGACUUUUCCCAGUCCCCACACAGCGACCUUCACACCGGCAUGGGUAUCCGCAAACUCUUAUCGCGCUCACGUCCCCCGCUCGAGAUAUUAGACAUGGAUUUAUCAGAUAUGCGUACCAAAGACUUCCGCUGGGUCUUUGGUAAGCUGUCCGACUUGAAACAAUUCUCCAUCGUCGGGUCAGAUAUGUCGGAUUCAGUGGCUGCGCUGUUCAUGCCUUUUGUUGUUAAAGAUGGAGAUGGGGAACGAAUGAGCGUACGCCUGCCGCAGCUUUCUGUUCUCAAGAUGUACAGCUGUCAACAGCUCUCGGGGGAUGCGCUGGUAAGGGCCCUAAGUGCACGCGUCCACUAUACGGAUCAUGCAACACCAGAUGCUACGCUGGCAACGGUGGUCAUCUCAGGCUGCAAUAAUUUUACUGCGGGUAAUGCUCAAGAGUUGUCCUGGGAUUUGCAUGAUCGUCUUCAUGUAUCGUGAUGCUGUCUUUGAUUUGGAAUGGGAUUGUUAGGGAUUUUUAUGCUCUAUCGCACAUAGACAUAUUUAUACUGUAUUUGCUCUGUUCUGUAUUACUAUUAAGGCUUUGAUACUAGACGAUUAUCGGAAGAAGUUUCGACUUCCCUUGGUCGAAGACUAGAAGUAUGUAAUAUAG